AUGAUCACUUUGAUUCUACGGUUUCUAACACUUCUUGCGCUAAUACAAGCGGCGCAAGUUAGUAAUGUUUUUAAAAGUUUUGAUAAAAUUCAAUAUGUACAAGCGGGCCUAUAUGAUUAUAAGGUACCUGCAUUUGCGUAUUGGAAAUCCACUUUAUCGUGGAAUAUUGAUGGACAAAAUGUUAAACCUGGAGAUACUUUUACUUUGCACAUGCCCUGUACCUACAGGUUUUAUUCAUCUCAAAGUACCAUUCAAUUGUCAUUCGCGGGUAAAGCUUAUGCGGAUUGUACGUUGUUUUCUGGUGAAGAUUUAGUUACCUUUUCCGAACUACAAUGUACGGCAACUAGUUUAGUGAAUGAAGAUACAAAUGUUGCUGGCCUGAUUGAUUUACCUUUGAUUUUCAAUCAAGGAGGAGGUGGUUCCAAAAACGACCUUGAGUGUUCCACUUUUUACAAAGGUGGUACUAAUACAAUUACGUUUUCUGAUGGUGGAGAACCUUUAUCUACAACGGUAAAUUUCGAGCUCCGUAAUUAUUAUGUAACACAAUCACCGGAAAAUUAUUUGUUGAUGAAUUCACGUUAUAGUUCAAAUCUACAGAGACUUUACAUUCGACUUACUGGUGCUGAUUGUCCAAAUGGAAUUUCAAGCGGAGUGUACACUAUAGAUAAUCUUUAUACUACAAUUGAUUGUUCUCACGUCGCAACCUACAUUGCUACAUCAUUCAACGGAUGGAAAAAUCCAACAGAAGCAGAACCAUUUGACAUGAGGGUAACAUGUACUCGAAAUUCUGUGAGUAUUAGUUACAAUAAUAUUCCUGCCGGUUAUAGACCUCUUUUUGAAGUGACCUUUAAUCUUGGAUUGGGUCAACAAGCGAGGGCAAACGUUUAUAAUGAUUUUCAAUGUGUAGGUCAAAGCGCUAAGUCUAACUCGGAGCCCUUUGGAUGGCAACCAGCGUCAGUUGGAAAUGUUAAUGUUAAUGAAGGAUAUGAAAUUGAUUAUAUUACACUGACUUAUGAUAUGCAGCUGACAAGAGUUACAACCUUGCCAUUCAGAACUGGAAUUGAUAAAACAAAGACUAUAGUGGUUGAAGUCCCUUACCAUACGACGACUGUGACAGAACACUAUUGUGGCAAACUGGUGAAGUAUAGCACUGAAACAGAAGGUGGAGUGGUAAAAAUUGAGGAAAUGCAACCCGAUAAUGAUUUAUGUACACCUACUCAAUAUACAACUACAUGGGUCACAACUACUGAUGAUGGCAAGGAAAUAACCCAAUCAGGAAUUGUAUCAGAACAAGGUGAAAUCACUAGUACCAUAACAACUUUUCCACCACCAUUCACUACUGAGUACACUACUACAUGGACCACGACAGAUGAGGAGGGUAACGAAGUUACAGAGUCUGGUAUUGUUUCGCAAUCGGACGAGUCAUUGACGACCAUCACGACGUUCCCACGUCCAUUCACUACUGAGUACACUACUACAUGGACCACGACGGAUGAGGAGGGUAACGAAGUUACGGAGUCUGGUAUUGUUUCACAAUCGGACGAGUCCUUGACUACUGUGACGACGUUCCCACGUCCAUUCACUACUGAGUACACUACUACAUGGACGACGACGGAUGAAGAAGGUAACGAAGUUACGGAGUCUGGUAUUGUUUCGCAAUCGGACGAGUCAUUGACGACCAUCACGACGUUCCCACAUCCAUUCACUACUGAGUACACUACUACAUGGACGACGACGGAUGAAGAAGGUAACGAAGUUACGGAGUCUGGUAUUGUUUCACAAUCGGACGAGUCAUUGACUACUGUGACGACGUUCCCACAUCCAUUCACUACUGAGUACACUACUACAUGGACCACGACGGAUGAGGAGGGUAACGAAGUUACGGAGUCUGGUAUUGUUUCACAAUCGGACGAGUCCUUGACUACUGUGACGACGUUCCCACGUCCAUUCACUACUGAGUACACUACUACAUGGACUACGACGGAUGAGGAGGGUAACGAAGUUACAGAGUCUGGUAUUGUUUCACAAUCGGACGAGUCCUUGACUACUGUGACGACGUUCCCACGUCCAUUCACUACUGAGUACACUACUACAUGGACCACGACGGAUGAAGAGGGUAACGAAGUUACGGAAUCGGGUAUUGUUUCACAGUCCGACUCGUCAUUGACGACCAUCACGACGUUCCCACCUAUCGCACUGGACUUCACGACCGAGUACACUACUACAUGGACCACGACGGAUGAGGAGGGUAACGAAGUUACGGAGUCUGGUAUUGUUUCACAAUCGGACGAGUCCUUGACUACUGUGACGACGUUCCCACGUCCAUUCACUACUGAGUACACUACUACAUGGACGACGACGGAUGAAGAAGGUAACGAAGUUACGGAGUCUGGUAUUGUUUCACAAUCGGACGAGUCCUUGACUACUGUGACGACGUUCCCACGUCCAUUCACUACUGAGUACACUACUACAUGGACUACGACGGAUGAGGAGGGUAACGAAGUUACAGAGUCUGGUAUUGUUUCACAAUCGGACGAGUCCUUGACUACUGUGACGACGUUCCCACGUCCAUUCACUACUGAGUACACUACUACAUGGACCACGACAGAUGAGGAGGGUAACGAAGUUACGGAGUCUGGUAUUGUUUCACAAUCGGACGAGUCCUUGACUACUGUGACGACGUUCCCACGUCCAUUCACUACUGAGUACACUACUACAUGGACUACGACGGAUGAGGAGGGUAACGAAGUUACAGAGUCUGGUAUUGUUUCACAAUCGGACGAGUCCUUGACUACUGUGACGACGUUCCCACGUCCAUUCACUACUGAGUACACUACUACAUGGACCACGACAGAUGAGGAGGGUAACGAAGUUACGGAGUCUGGUAUUGUUUCACAAUCGGACGAGUCCUUGACUACUGUGACGACGUUCCCACGUCCAUUCACUACUGAGUACACUACUACAUGGACCACGACAGAUGAGGAGGGUAACGAAGUUACGGAAUCGGGUAUUGUUUCACAGUCCGACUCGUCAUUGACGACCAUCACGACGUUCCCACGUCCAUUCACUACUGAGUACACUACUACAUGGACCACGACGGAUGAGGAGGGUAACGAAGUUACGGAAUCGGGUAUUGUUUCACAGUCCGACUCGUCAUUGACGACCAUCACGACGUUCCCACCUAUCGCACUGGACUUCACGACCGAGUACACUACUACAUGGACUACUACGGAUGAAGAAGGUAAUGAAGUGACAGAUUCUGGUAUUGUAACGCAAUCAGGAGAGUCAUUAUCGACGGUGACGACGUUCCCACGUCCAUUCACUACUGAGUACACUACUACAUGGACCACGACAGAUGAGGAGGGUAACGAAGUUACGGAAUCGGGUAUUGUUUCACAAUCAGACACGUCAUUGACGACCAUCACGACGUUCCCAGGUCCACUCACUACUGAGUACACUACUACAUGGACCACGACAGAUGAGGAGGGUAACGAAGUUACGGAAUCGGGUAUUGUUUCACAGUCCGACUCGUCAUUGACGACCAUCACGACGUUCCCACCUAUCGCACUGGACUUCACGACCGAGUACACUACUACAUGGACUACUACGGAUGAAGAAGGUAAUGAAGUGACAGAUUCUGGUAUUGUAACGCAAUCAGGAGAGUCAUUAUCGACGGUGACGACGUUCCCACGUCCAUUCACUACUGAGUACACUACUACAUGGACCACGACAGAUGAGGAGGGUAACGAAGUUACGGAAUCGGGUAUUGUUUCACAGUCCGACUCGUCAUUGACGACCAUCACGACGUUCCCACCUAUCGCACUGGACUUCACGACCGAGUACACUACUACAUGGACUACUACGGAUGAAGAAGGUAAUGAAGUGACAGAUUCUGGUAUUGUAACGCAAUCAGGAGAGUCAUUAUCGACGGUGACGACGUUCCCACGUCCAUUCACUACUGAGUACACUACUACAUGGACCACGACAGAUGAGGAGGGUAACGAAGUUACGGAAUCGGGUAUUGUUUCACAGUCCGACUCGUCAUUGACGACCAUCACGACGUUCCCACCUAUCGCACUGGACUUCACGACCGAGUACACUACUACAUGGACUACUACGGAUGAAGAAGGUAAUGAAGUGACAGAUUCUGGUAUUGUAACGCAAUCAGGAGAGUCAUUAUCGACGGUGACGACGUUCCCACGUCCAUUCACUACUGAGUACACUACUACAUGGACCACGACAGAUGAGGAGGGUAACGAAGUUACGGAGUCUGGUAUUGUUUCACAAUCAGACACGUCAUUGACGACCAUCACGACGUUCCCAGGUCCACUCACUACUGAGUACACUACUACAUGGACCACGACAGAUGAGGAGGGUAACGAAGUUACGGAAUCGGGUAUUGUUUCACAGUCCGACUCGUCAUUGACGACCAUCACGACGUUCCCACCUAUCGCACUGGACUUCACGACCGAGUACACUACUACAUGGACUACUACGGAUGAAGAAGGUAAUGAAGUGACAGAUUCUGGUAUUGUAACGCAAUCAGGAGAGUCAUUAUCGACGGUGACGACGUUCCCACGUCCAUUCACUACUGAGUACACUACUACAUGGACCACGACAGAUGAGGAGGGUAACGAAGUUACGGAGUCUGGUAUUGUUUCACAAUCAGACACGUCAUUGACGACCAUCACGACGUUCCCAGGUCCACUCACUACUGAGUACACUACUACAUGGACCACGACAGAUGAGGAGGGUAACGAAGUUACGGAAUCGGGUAUUGUUUCACAGUCCGACUCGUCAUUGACGACCAUCACGACGUUCCCACCUAUCGCACUGGACUUCACGACCGAGUACACUACUACAUGGACUACUACGGAUGAAGAAGGUAAUGAAGUGACAGAUUCUGGUAUUGUAACGCAAUCAGGAGAGUCAUUAUCGACGGUGACGACGUUCCCACGUCCAUUCACUACUGAGUACACUACUACAUGGACCACGACAGAUGAGGAGGGUAACGAAGUUACGGAGUCUGGUAUUGUUUCACAAUCAGACACGUCAUUGACGACCAUCACGACGUUCCCAGGUCCACUCACUACUGAGUACACUACUACAUGGACCACGACAGAUGAGGAGGGUAACGAAGUUACGGAAUCGGGUAUUGUUUCACAGUCCGACUCGUCAUUGACGACCAUCACGACGUUCCCACCUAUCGCACUGGACUUCACGACCGAGUACACUACUACAUGGACUACUACGGAUGAAGAAGGUAAUGAAGUGACAGAUUCUGGUAUUGUAACGCAAUCAGGAGAGUCAUUAUCGACGGUGACGACGUUCCCACGUCCAUUCACUACUGAGUACACUACUACAUGGACCACGACAGAUGAGGAGGGUAACGAAGUUACGGAGUCUGGUAUUGUUUCACAAUCAGACACGUCAUUGACGACCAUCACGACGUUCCCAGGUCCACUCACUACUGAGUACACUACUACAUGGACCACGACAGAUGAGGAGGGUAACGAAGUUACGGAAUCGGGUAUUGUUUCACAGUCCGACUCGUCAUUGACGACCAUCACGACGUUCCCACCUAUCGCACUGGACUUCACGACCGAGUACACUACUACAUGGACUACUACGGAUGAAGAAGGUAAUGAAGUGACAGAUUCUGGUAUUGUAACGCAAUCAGGAGAGUCAUUAUCGACGGUGACGACGUUCCCACGUCCAUUCACUACUGAGUACACUACUACAUGGACCACGACAGAUGAGGAGGGUAACGAAGUUACGGAGUCUGGUAUUGUUUCACAAUCAGACACGUCAUUGACGACCAUCACGACGUUCCCAGGUCCACUCACUACUGAGUACACUACUACAUGGACCACGACAGAUGAGGAGGGUAACGAAGUUACGGAAUCGGGUAUUGUUUCACAGUCCGACUCGUCAUUGACGACCAUCACGACGUUCCCACCUAUCGCACUGGACUUCACGACCGAGUACACUACUACAUGGACUACUACGGAUGAAGAAGGUAAUGAAGUGACAGAUUCUGGUAUUGUAACGCAAUCAGGAGAGUCAUUAUCGACGGUGACGACGUUCCCACGUCCAUUCACUACUGAGUACACUACUACAUGGACCACGACAGAUGAGGAGGGUAACGAAGUUACGGAGUCUGGUAUUGUUUCACAAUCAGACACGUCAUUGACGACCAUCACGACGUUCCCAGGUCCACUCACUACUGAGUACACUACUACAUGGACCACGACAGAUGAGGAGGGUAACGAAGUUACGGAAUCGGGUAUUGUUUCACAGUCCGACUCGUCAUUGACGACCAUCACGACGUUCCCACCUAUCGCACUGGACUUCACGACCGAGUACACUACUACAUGGACUACUACGGAUGAAGAAGGUAAUGAAGUGACAGAUUCUGGUAUUGUAACGCAAUCAGGAGAGUCAUUAUCGACGGUGACGACGUUCCCACGUCCAUUCACUACUGAGUACACUACUACAUGGACCACGACAGAUGAGGAGGGUAACGAAGUUACGGAGUCUGGUAUUGUUUCACAAUCAGACACGUCAUUGACGACCAUCACGACGUUCCCAGGUCCACUCACUACUGAGUACACUACUACAUGGACCACGACAGAUGAGGAGGGUAACGAAGUUACGGAAUCGGGUAUUGUUUCACAGUCCGACUCGUCAUUGACGACCAUCACGACGUUCCCACCUAUCGCACUGGACUUCACGACCGAGUACACUACUACAUGGACUACUACGGAUGAAGAAGGUAAUGAAGUGACAGAUUCUGGUAUUGUAACGCAAUCAGGAGAGUCAUUAUCGACGGUGACGACGUUCCCACGUCCAUUCACUACUGAGUACACUACUACAUGGACCACGACAGAUGAGGAGGGUAACGAAGUUACGGAGUCUGGUAUUGUUUCACAAUCAGACACGUCAUUGACGACCAUCACGACGUUCCCAGGUCCACUCACUACUGAGUACACUACUACAUGGACCACGACAGAUGAGGAGGGUAACGAAGUUACGGAAUCGGGUAUUGUUUCACAGUCCGACUCGUCAUUGACGACCAUCACGACGUUCCCACCUAUCGCACUGGACUUCACGACCGAGUACACUACUACAUGGACUACUACGGAUGAAGAAGGUAAUGAAGUGACAGAUUCUGGUAUUGUAACGCAAUCAGGAGAGUCAUUAUCGACGGUGACGACGUUCCCACGUCCAUUCACUACUGAGUACACUACUACAUGGACCACGACAGAUGAGGAGGGUAACGAAGUUACGGAGUCUGGUAUUGUUUCACAAUCAGACACGUCAUUGACGACCAUCACGACGUUCCCAGGUCCACUCACUACUGAGUACACUACUACAUGGACCACGACAGAUGAGGAGGGUAACGAAGUUACGGAAUCGGGUAUUGUUUCACAGUCCGACUCGUCAUUGACGACCAUCACGACGUUCCCACCUAUCGCACUGGACUUCACGACCGAGUACACUACUACAUGGACUACUACGGAUGAAGAAGGUAAUGAAGUGACAGAUUCUGGUAUUGUAACGCAAUCAGGAGAGUCAUUAUCGACGGUGACGACGUUCCCACGUCCAUUCACUACUGAGUACACUACUACAUGGACCACGACAGAUGAGGAGGGUAACGAAGUUACGGAGUCUGGUAUUGUUUCACAAUCAGACACGUCAUUGACGACCAUCACGACGUUCCCAGGUCCACUCACUACUGAGUACACUACUACAUGGACCACGACAGAUGAGGAGGGUAACGAAGUUACGGAAUCGGGUAUUGUUUCACAGUCCGACUCGUCAUUGACGACCAUCACGACGUUCCCACCUAUCGCACUGGACUUCACGACCGAGUACACUACUACAUGGACUACUACGGAUGAAGAAGGUAAUGAAGUGACAGAUUCUGGUAUUGUAACGCAAUCAGGAGAGUCAUUAUCGACGGUGACGACGUUCCCACGUCCAUUCACUACUGAGUACACUACUACAUGGACCACGACAGAUGAGGAGGGUAACGAAGUUACGGAGUCUGGUAUUGUUUCACAAUCAGACACGUCAUUGACGACCAUCACGACGUUCCCAGGUCCACUCACUACUGAGUACACUACUACAUGGACCACGACAGAUGAGGAGGGUAACGAAGUUACGGAAUCGGGUAUUGUUUCACAGUCCGACUCGUCAUUGACGACCAUCACGACGUUCCCACCUAUCGCACUGGACUUCACGACCGAGUACACUACUACAUGGACUACUACGGAUGAAGAAGGUAAUGAAGUGACAGAUUCUGGUAUUGUAACGCAAUCAGGAGAGUCAUUAUCGACGGUGACGACGUUCCCACGUCCAUUCACUACUGAGUACACUACUACAUGGACCACGACAGAUGAGGAGGGUAACGAAGUUACGGAGUCUGGUAUUGUUUCACAAUCAGACACGUCAUUGACGACCAUCACGACGUUCCCAGGUCCACUCACUACUGAGUACACUACUACAUGGACCACGACAGAUGAGGAGGGUAACGAAGUUACGGAAUCGGGUAUUGUUUCACAGUCCGACUCGUCAUUGACGACCAUCACGACGUUCCCACCUAUCGCACUGGACUUCACGACCGAGUACACUACUACAUGGACUACUACGGAUGAAGAAGGUAAUGAAGUGACAGAUUCUGGUAUUGUAACGCAAUCAGGAGAGUCAUUAUCGACGGUGACGACGUUCCCACGUCCAUUCACUACUGAGUACACUACUACAUGGACCACGACAGAUGAGGAGGGUAACGAAGUUACGGAGUCUGGUAUUGUUUCACAAUCAGACACGUCAUUGACGACCAUCACGACGUUCCCAGGUCCACUCACUACUGAGUACACUACUACAUGGACCACGACAGAUGAGGAGGGUAACGAAGUUACGGAAUCGGGUAUUGUUUCACAGUCCGACUCGUCAUUGACGACCAUCACGACGUUCCCACCUAUCGCACUGGACUUCACGACCGAGUACACUACUACAUGGACUACUACGGAUGAAGAAGGUAAUGAAGUGACAGAUUCUGGUAUUGUAACGCAAUCAGGAGAGUCAUUAUCGACGGUGACGACGUUCCCACGUCCAUUCACUACUGAGUACACUACUACAUGGACCACGACAGAUGAGGAGGGUAACGAAGUUACGGAGUCUGGUAUUGUUUCACAAUCAGACACGUCAUUGACGACCAUCACGACGUUCCCAGGUCCACUCACUACUGAGUACACUACUACAUGGACCACGACAGAUGAGGAGGGUAACGAAGUUACGGAAUCGGGUAUUGUUUCACAGUCCGACUCGUCAUUGACGACCAUCACGACGUUCCCACCUAUCGCACUGGACUUCACGACCGAGUACACUACUACAUGGACUACUACGGAUGAAGAAGGUAAUGAAGUGACAGAUUCUGGUAUUGUAACGCAAUCAGGAGAGUCAUUAUCGACGGUGACGACGUUCCCACGUCCAUUCACUACUGAGUACACUACUACAUGGACCACGACAGAUGAGGAGGGUAACGAAGUUACGGAGUCUGGUAUUGUUUCACAAUCAGACACGUCAUUGACGACCAUCACGACGUUCCCAGGUCCACUCACUACUGAGUACACUACUACAUGGACCACGACAGAUGAGGAGGGUAACGAAGUUACGGAAUCGGGUAUUGUUUCACAGUCCGACUCGUCAUUGACGACCAUCACGACGUUCCCACCUAUCGCACUGGACUUCACGACCGAGUACACUACUACAUGGACUACUACGGAUGAAGAAGGUAAUGAAGUGACAGAUUCUGGUAUUGUAACGCAAUCAGGAGAGUCAUUAUCGACGGUGACGACGUUCCCACGUCCAUUCACUACUGAGUACACUACUACAUGGACCACGACAGAUGAGGAGGGUAACGAAGUUACGGAGUCUGGUAUUGUUUCACAAUCAGACACGUCAUUGACGACCAUCACGACGUUCCCAGGUCCACUCACUACUGAGUACACUACUACAUGGACCACGACAGAUGAGGAGGGUAACGAAGUUACGGAAUCGGGUAUUGUUUCACAAUCAGACACGUCAUUGACGACCAUCACGACGUUCCCAGGUCCACUCACUACUGAGUACACUACUACAUGGACCACGACAGAUGAGGAGGGUAACGAAGUUACGGAAUCGGGUAUUGUUUCACAGUCCGACUCGUCAUUGACGACCAUCACGACGUUCCCACCUAUCGCACUGGACUUCACGACCGAGUACACUACUACAUGGACUACUACGGAUGAAGAAGGUAAUGAAGUGACAGAUUCUGGUAUUGUAACGCAAUCAGGAGAGUCAUUAUCGACGGUGACGACGUUCCCACGUCCAUUCACUACUGAGUACACUACUACAUGGACCACGACAGAUGAGGAGGGUAACGAAGUUACGGAGUCUGGUAUUGUUUCACAAUCAGACACGUCAUUGACGACCAUCACGACGUUCCCAGGUCCACUCACUACUGAGUACACUACUACAUGGACCACGACAGAUGAGGAGGGUAACGAAGUUACGGAAUCGGGUAUUGUUUCACAGUCCGACUCGUCAUUGACGACCAUCACGACGUUCCCACCUAUCGCACUGGACUUCACGACCGAGUACACUACUACAUGGACUACUACGGAUGAAGAAGGUAAUGAAGUGACAGAUUCUGGUAUUGUAACGCAAUCAGGAGAGUCAUUAUCGACGGUGACGACGUUCCCACGUCCAUUCACUACUGAGUACACUACUACAUGGACCACGACAGAUGAGGAGGGUAACGAAGUUACGGAAUCGGGUAUUGUUUCACAGUCCGACUCGUCAUUGACGACCAUCACGACGUUCCCACCUAUCGCACUGGACUUCACGACCGAGUACACUACUACAUGGACUACUACGGAUGAAGAAGGUAAUGAAGUGACAGAUUCUGGUAUUGUAACGCAAUCAGGAGAGUCAUUAUCGACGGUGACGACGUUCCCACGUCCAUUCACUACUGAGUACACUACUACAUGGACCACGACAGAUGAGGAGGGUAACGAAGUUACGGAGUCUGGUAUUGUUUCACAAUCAGACACGUCAUUGACGACCAUCACGACGUUCCCAGGUCCACUCACUACUGAGUACACUACUACAUGGACCACGACAGAUGAGGAGGGUAACGAAGUUACGGAAUCGGGUAUUGUUUCACAGUCCGACUCGUCAUUGACGACCAUCACGACGUUCCCACCUAUCGCACUGGACUUCACGACCGAGUACACUACUACAUGGACUACUACGGAUGAAGAAGGUAAUGAAGUGACAGAUUCUGGUAUUGUAACGCAAUCAGGAGAGUCAUUAUCGACGGUGACGACGUUCCCACGUCCAUUCACUACUGAGUACACUACUACAUGGACCACGACAGAUGAGGAGGGUAACGAAGUUACGGAAUCGGGUAUUGUUUCACAGUCCGACUCGUCAUUGACGACCAUCACGACGUUCCCACCUAUCGCACUGGACUUCACGACCGAGUACACUACUACAUGGACUACUACGGAUGAAGAAGGUAAUGAAGUGACAGAUUCUGGUAUUGUAACGCAAUCAGGAGAGUCAUUAUCGACGGUGACGACGUUCCCACGUCCAUUCACUACUGAGUACACUACUACAUGGACCACGACAGAUGAGGAGGGUAACGAAGUUACGGAGUCUGGUAUUGUUUCACAAUCAGACACGUCAUUGACGACCAUCACGACGUUCCCAGGUCCACUCACUACUGAGUACACUACUACAUGGACCACGACAGAUGAGGAGGGUAACGAAGUUACGGAAUCGGGUAUUGUUUCACAGUCCGACUCGUCAUUGACGACCAUCACGACGUUCCCACCUAUCGCACUGGACUUCACGACCGAGUACACUACUACAUGGACUACUACGGAUGAAGAAGGUAAUGAAGUGACAGAUUCUGGUAUUGUAACGCAAUCAGGAGAGUCAUUAUCGACGGUGACGACGUUCCCACGUCCAUUCACUACUGAGUACACUACUACAUGGACCACGACAGAUGAGGAGGGUAACGAAGUUACGGAGUCUGGUAUUGUUUCACAAUCAGACACGUCAUUGACGACCAUCACGACGUUCCCAGGUCCACUCACUACUGAGUACACUACUACAUGGACCAAGACGGAUGAGGAGGGUAACGAAGUUACUGAAUCAGGUAUUGUGUCGGUAUCCGGCGACUCUGAGACAACCAUCACCACGUUCCCACAACCAGAAGUUAGUGAGGGCGAUGUGACUACAGAAUACACUGCCACAUGGACCAAGACGGAUGAGGAGGGUAACGAAGUUACUGAAUCAGGUAUUGUGUCGGUAUCCGGCGACUCUGAGACAACCAUCACCACGUUCCCACAACCAGAAGUUAGUGAGGGCGAUGUGACUACAGAAUACACUGCCACAUGGACCAAGACGGAUGAGGAGGGUAACGAAGUUACUGAAUCAGGUAUUGUGUCGGUAUCCGGCGACUCUGAGACAACCAUCACCACGUUCCCACAACCAGAAGUUAGUGAGGGCGAUGUGACUACAGAAUACACUGCCACAUGGACCAAGACGGAUGAGGAGGGUAACGAAGUUACUGAAUCAGGUAUUGUGUCGGUAUCCGGCGACUCUGAGACAACCAUCACCACGUUCCCACAACCAGAAGUUAGUGAGGGCGAUGUGACUACAGAAUACACUGCCACAUGGACCAAGACGGAUGAGGAGGGUAACGAAGUUACUGAAUCAGGUAUUGUGUCGGUAUCCGGCGACUCUGAGACAACCAUCACCACGUUCCCACAACCAGAAGUUAGUGAGGGCGAUGUGACUACAGAAUACACUGCCACAUGGACCAAGACGGAUGAGGAGGGUAACGAAGUUACUGAAUCAGGUAUUGUGUCGGUAUCCGGCGACUCUGAGACAACCAUCACCACGUUCCCACAACCAGAAGUUAGUGAGGGCGAUGUGACUACAGAAUACACUGCCACAUGGACCAAGACGGAUGAGGAGGGUAACGAAGUUACUGAAUCAGGUAUUGUGUCGGUAUCCGGCGACUCUGAGACAACCAUCACCACGUUCCCACAACCAGAAGUUAGUGAGGGCGAUGUGACUACAGAAUACACUGCCACAUGGACCAAGACGGAUGAGGAGGGUAACGAAGUUACUGAAUCAGGUAUUGUGUCGGUAUCCGGCGACUCUGAGACAACCAUCACCACGUUCCCACAACCAGAAGUUAGUGAGGGCGAUGUGACUACAGAAUACACUGCCACAUGGACCAAGACGGAUGAGGAGGGUAACGAAGUUACUGAAUCAGGUAUUGUGUCGGUAUCCGGCGACUCUGAGACAACCAUCACCACGUUCCCACAACCAGAAGUUAGUGAGGGCGAUGUGACUACAGAAUACACUGCCACAUGGACCAAGACGGAUGAGGAGGGUAACGAAGUUACUGAAUCAGGUAUUGUGUCGGUAUCCGGCGACUCUGAGACAACCAUCACCACGUUCCCACAACCAGAAGUUAGUGAGGGCGAUGUGACUACAGAAUACACUGCCACAUGGACCAAGACGGAUGAGGAGGGUAACGAAGUUACUGAAUCAGGUAUUGUGUCGGUAUCCGGCGACUCUGAGACAACCAUCACCACGUUCCCACAACCAGAAGUUAGUGAGGGCGAUGUGACUACAGAAUACACUGCCACAUGGACCAAGACGGAUGAGGAGGGUAACGAAGUUACUGAAUCAGGUAUUGUGUCGGUAUCCGGCGACUCUGAGACAACCAUCACCACGUUCCCACAACCAGAAGAAUCCACUGAUGAAUUCACUGUCACGUGGACCAGGACCAAUGAGGAUGGCUCAGAGGUUACUGAAUCGGGUAUUGUAUCCAAGUCUGGCGACUACGAGACAACCAUCACUACGUUCCCACCAAGCGAGGGCGAUGUGACUACAGAAUACACUGUCACGUGGACCAGGACCAAUGAGGAUGGCUCAGAGGUUACUGAAUCGGGUAUUGUAUCCAAGUCUGGCGACUACGAGACAACCAUCACUACGUUCCCACCAAGCGAGGGCGAUGUGACUACAGAAUACACUGUCACGUGGACCAGGACCAAUGAGGAUGGCUCAGAGGUUACUGAAUCGGGUAUUGUAUCCAAGUCUGGCGACUACGAGACAACCAUCACUACGUUCCCACCAAGCGAGGGCGAUGUGACUACAGAAUACACUGUCACGUGGACCAGGACCAAUGAGGAUGGCUCAGAGGUUACUGAAUCGGGUAUUGUAUCCAAGUCUGGCGACUACGAGACAACCAUCACUACGUUCCCACCAAGCGAGGGCGAUGUGACUACAGAAUACACUGUCACGUGGACCAGGACCAAUGAGGAUGGCUCAGAGGUUACUGAAUCGGGUAUUGUAUCCAAGUCUGGCGACUACGAGACAACCAUCACUACGUUCCCACCAAGCGAGGGCGAUGUGACUACAGAAUACACUGUCACGUGGACCAGGACCAAUGAGGAUGGCUCAGAGGUUACUGAAUCGGGUAUUGUAUCCAAGUCUGGCGACUACGAGACAACCAUCACUACAUUCCCACCAAGCGAGGGCGAUGUGACUACAGAAUACACUGUCACGUGGACCAGGACCAAUGAGGAUGGCUCAGAGGUUACUGAAUCGGGUAUUGUAUCCAAGUCUGGCGACUACGAGACAACCAUCACUACGUUCCCACCAAGCGAGGGCGAUGUGACUACAGAAUACACUGUCACGUGGACCAGGACCAAUGAGGAUGGCACAGAGGUUACUGAAUCGGGUAUUGUAUCCAAGUCUGGCGACUACGAGACAACCAUCACUACAUUCCCACCAAGCGAGGGCGAUGUGACUACAGAAUACACUGUCACGUGGACCAGGACCAAUGAGGAUGGCUCAGAGGUUACUGAAUCGGGUAUUGUAUCCAAGUCUGGCGACUACGAGACAACCAUCACUACGUUCCCACCAAGCGAGGGCGAUGUGACUACAGAAUACACUGUCACGUGGACCAGGACCAAUGAGGAUGGCACAGAGGUUACUGAAUCGGGUAUUGUAUCCAAGUCUGGCGACUACGAGACAACCAUCACUACGUUCCCACCAAGCGAGGGCGAUGUGACUACAGAAUACACUGUCACGUGGACCAGGACCAAUGAGGAUGGCUCAGAGGUUACUGAAUCGGGUAUUGUAUCCAAGUCUGGCGACUACGAGACAACCAUCACUACGUUCCCACCAAGCGAGGGCGAUGUGACUACAGAAUACACUGUCACGUGGACCAGGACCAAUGAGGAUGGCUCAGAGGUUACUGAAUCGGGUAUUGUAUCCAAGUCUGGCGACUACGAGACAACCAUCACUACGUUCCCACCAAGCGAGGGCGAUGUGACUACAGAAUACACUGUCACGUGGACCAGGACCAAUGAGGAUGGCUCAGAGGUUACUGAAUCGGGUAUUGUAUCCAAGUCUGGCGACUACGAGACAACCAUCACUACGUUCCCACCAAGCGAGGGCGAUGUGACUACAGAAUACACUGUCACGUGGACCAGGACCAAUGAGGAUGGCACAGAGGUUACUGAAUCGGGUAUUGUAUCCAAGUCUGGCGACUACGAGACAACCAUCACUACGUUCCCACCAAGCGAGGGCGAUGUGACUACAGAAUACACUGUCACGUGGACCAGGACCAAUGAGGAUGGCUCAGAGGUUACUGAAUCGGGUAUUGUAUCCAAGUCUGGCGACUACGAGACAACCAUCACUACGUUCCCACCAAGCGAGGGCGAUGUGACUACAGAAUACACUGUCACGUGGACCAGGACCAAUGAGGAUGGCUCAGAGGUUACUGAAUCGGGUAUUGUAUCCAAGUCUGGCGACUACGAGACAACCAUCACUACGUUCCCACCAAGCGAGGGCGAUGUGACUACAGAAUACACUGUCACGUGGACCAGGACCAAUGAGGAUGGCUCAGAGGUUACUGAAUCGGGUAUUGUAUCCAAGUCUGGCGACUACGAGACAACCAUCACUACAUUCCCACCAAGCGAGGGCGAUGUGACUACAGAAUACACUGUCACGUGGACCAGGACCAAUGAGGAUGGCUCAGAGGUUACUGAAUCGGGUAUUGUAUCCAAGUCUGGCGACUACGAGACAACCAUCACUACGUUCCCACCAAGCGAGGGCGAUGUGACUACAGAAUACACUGUCACGUGGACCAGGACCAAUGAGGAUGGCUCAGAGGUUACUGAAUCGGGUAUUGUAUCCAAGUCUGGCGACUACGAGACAACCAUCACUACAUUCCCACCAAGCGAGGGCGAUGUGACUACAGAAUACACUGUCACGUGGACCAGGACCAAUGAGGAUGGCUCAGAGGUUACUGAAUCGGGUAUUGUAUCCAAGUCUGGACUCAGCAUAUCUACAAUUUCUACGUUUAAACAUGCUUCUUCUGUUAUUGAAAGUAGAACAAGGCCAACUGUUAGCCCACUGUCCGUUGCUACUAGUUCUUUGGUUCCUGUUGAGGCUGCUGGGUCAUCGAUACAAGUUUCGUUUGUUUUAUUUAUUUUUACUGCUAUUUUUACAGUGUUGUUUUAA